AUGAAAUCGCCUGUUCGAAAAGAAAAGAAACAUCAAACUCACAAUCCUUCCUCUCAAUAGGAUAAAUUUCAAUAGAAAUUGUUAUAUCCUGGAUAGAUUGUAGCAGGGAGAUUCAAAUUAAUUGAGAAAGUCGGACAAGGUAGUUUUGGAUCGAUUUUUAAGACUGAAAACAUAGAGACAGGUGAAAUAUGUGCAUCUAAAUUUGAAAGGAGAGAGUCAGCAAAAAAUAGUGUAAGUUUGCUAGUUAGAGAAAUAAAGAUUUUAUUAGUAUUGAAAGGGAUCCCAGGUAUUUAAAUCCAUUAUGCAAGGCUUUCCUUAGAUUCUGCAUUAUGGGAGAGAUGAAAAUUACAAUUUCUUUAUGAUAACGUAUUUGGGUUAGAAUUUGGAAUUCUUGAUUAGAAAAACCAAAAGGUUCUCACAAAUCAAUUGUCUCAGAAUAGGAUUACAAUUACUGGAGAGACUGGAAUAAUUGCAUCAGAAGAAUUUGAUUCACAGAGAUUUGAAACCAGAAAAUUUAGUAAUAGGAUGGUAGGAUAUCGAUGUUAUUUAUUUGAUUGAUUUUGGAUUAUCCAAAUGUUACAAGGAUAAUCAAGGAAAUCACAUUCCAAUGAUAGAGAAGAAGGGAAUCAUAGGAACUGCUAGAUAUGCCAGUAUUGGAGCACAUUUAGGUGAUUAAUUUGAAUGUAAUUUUAGGUAGAGAGUAAUCAAGAAGAGAUGACUUGGAAUCCUUGGCUUAUGUACUCAUUUAUCUAAAUAAAGGGAAAUUGCCAUGGAUGAAUUUACCAAUCCAAGAUAAAUCAAUUAAAUAUAACAAAAUACUUGAAUAUAAACAAUAAAUCUCUCAUGAAAAACUCUGCGACAAUCUACCUAAAUGUUAUUAUUUAUUAUUGCAACAUGCCAAAUCUAGAGAAUACACUGAAUAACCUAAUUAUGCAUACAUUAAAGAGUAAUUUUCUAAAGCAUUGGGUGAUUAAGAGUAUAUAGACAACAUCUCCUUUGAUUGGGAGAAACUACCUGAAUUGAAAUCUAAGAAAUCAAGAAGAUCUAAUUCACAAAAAAAGCAGAGUGAAAAAAAACCUAAGAUUUCCAUUUCUAAAUAAUAAUCAAUCGUACAAGAACAUAAACAAUAGAAUUAAUAGCCUUCUUUAUAACUAAUUUAACAAACUCAACAAAAAAGUCAGGUUUCCUUUCUCCAUGUGCCUGAUCUAGACAGUUAAUCUCCAGAUAAACAAUCAGGGCUUGAAAGAAAAAGCAGAGGGGUAUUUUAUAAUUAAUCAUUCAGUACCUAAGUAGAGGUAGUGCAGGGACUACUAGGUUGAUGAAUUAUGACCUUAGUUAAAUUGAAGAGGACGAAAACGAUGGAGACAAUCAGAAUCACACACCUUUUCUUAAUAUCAAGAAAUAGAGAAAGGAUCUUAAGAGUUUUUCUGUCAUGACAGAAAAUUAAGUCUUCAAACUCACUACGUUUUGUAAACAAGCUGGCAAAACUGUUAAAGACUAAUAAAUCGAAGAGAUCAAUUAAUUCUAUGGGUCAUUUGAUAAUUUAGAUCUUAUUGCAAACGAUGAAAUUCAUAUCUAGUUUAAAAACAUUGGGGCAUUUUCCUUUAAAAAACAUUGAAUCCCAC